CUAGAAAUUGCCUCAAUCUCAAUGCGGAUAUUUCUUGUUGAUUUCGCCCUCUAACCUGUGAUCUACUUAUCCUUCCGUCUUUCUUCUCACUUCUCAACAUGCUCUUUCUCGACUUGUGGCCCGGCAAGAGGAGGUACAUGGCAGGUGCAGUUGACUGCAACUUUGUAGCCUUCACACGACGCUUGGAAGCACAACCUAUCCUCGAACGCCCUGGUUCUAAUCCCCGUGCCUCUGUCCUUCAUAAAUUACUCCUAUCCGGACAUACUUCUUCCAAACAUUGUGGCGUAUCGAUGGAGUCUCCCAAGGCCGUUCCGGAUCGGCGUUCUUCUAUCAGCCCAGACUUCUUCCAGCCUUCUCCCGAGCUAAGAGAUCUCAUCGAGCAGAAUUCCGAGUCACCGUUUCCAUUUCCACCUCCUUCCCGUCGCACAUCCAUUUGGCUAGGUGGAAACGAAGAUGCUGAGAAGCGUCGAGAUCAGCUGCGCGCUUUGGAUAUGGCCCGACUGAAACGCCACUCGAUAGUCAGUACCAAUGACGCAGCGCCUGCCGCGAGCGACAGACGCUGGAGUCUUGCACCAUCGAACCCAUACAAAGAAUCCUCCAUUAAAGCUCUACAAAGGGUGGCGACUUCCAACAAAUCGGCGGAGUCACAUAUACCUAGCCACAUGAUCCGACGGGUAUCCAUGGCCCGGAACGAAGUCGCGUCUCAGCCAUUAGUCGAGCGGAUGAGGUCGGAUUUGGCUCAACGUCGCCUGUCCUCGCAGCCUAUUGUCGAGGGUCAUCACCUUUCACCUGUUCAGUCUUCAUCACCUGCAGAGCUCCCUAUGCCUCAAAAUUUCUUCCCUGGAAAUACCGAUUCCAUCUUCGAGGCGUCGUCUCGAAGACAUUUUAGCGUGAGCAUGUCGCCAACCAGCAGCCGAUCACCAGGAUCUAACCCUUCGUCUCCGUCGCGCCUCCGAUCAGUCUGGCCUUUUCAGCCGCCGUCUCCAAAGUCGCCUGCACGAUCGCGUUCCGAUAACCCUUUCUCUUGGUCCCAAACCAGCUCAUUAGAUGUGCUCAAAGGAGAGCGAGACCAAGUCUACGAAUAUCACAAUCGAGAUUCGCGAUUUCCUAGUGUGCUCCUUUGCCAAAAAUGUUUCAGCAAACAUAGGACCUUCAAUCGGAUGUAUGAAGGGUUGUGUGAGGUCUGUGGCGGGGAGAAAGCUCUAGAUCGACACUACUGGGAGAGUAAAGGUUAGGUGUCUUGGUACAGUUAUGUUGGUAGAUCGGUACCUAGACCGGUUUAUUACCUGGACGCUGGAUUGCAUUGAUUCGUUGGUCCAAAAUCCUAUCUUCGUCUCUUCGCUCAUUCUUAUUAUUCUUCUCCGCUCCCUUGUCAGCCGAUAGCACCUAUUUUUGAUACAUCCAGUCCUCAAUCAUCCUUUGUCUGUGUGCUUUCUUGCUAAUGUAACGAAUGCUUCAUCGUAGUUUCAGAAACUUGCACGGGAUGGAUGUUGAUCACUUACAGGGUACCAAGCCUCGCUAGGCCAUCUCGUGUGGCGGAUCAUGUAAGCUCGUUCGCGGAUGGUCAUUGGCUCUUGCGCCAUUCAGCUAGUUGAACCUACCUAGCUACACAUUUAUCAUCUUCAAAGGACAACAUCU